AUGGUAACAAAGGUAAUAUCUGGUAACAAAGGUAAUAUAUGGAUCAUGUGGAGAAACACUCUCCCAAGACCGAAGGUGAUAUCUUCUUCCAAACAAGCCAUAACUAUUGAUGUGGAUGGAAAUUUUAUCACGGUUGUGCAUGCUUCUUUCAAUGCUGUUUCAAGGAAAAUGCUCUGGAGUCAGCUAGGUUUAGGCUCCAUAUCUAUUCCUUGGUUGGUGGUGGGGGACUUCAACUGUGUUCUGCGCCUCGAUGAGAAAAAAGGCGGUAUCCCAAAUAAAGAAGUUUACAUGAUCGAAUUCAGGAGCUGGAUUUCUGACAAUGGUUUGGUUGAGGCUGAUUCAAUCGGCAAGAAGUACACCUGGUCCAAUUGUCAGAAAGGAAGACGUCGCAUUGUCUCUAAGCAUGAUAGAGCAAUUGUGAAUAAUGCUUGGCUUUACAAAUAUGCCAACUGGAGAUGUAAAGCCCUCCCAAGGAUUUGUUCUGACUACUCCCCUCUCAUUGGGUUUGAUUUCCACAACUCGAGACCGGUUAGAGCUCCCUUUAGAUUCCAAAAGAUGUGGCAAUCGCAUCCGAGCUUCUUAAACAUGGUGGAGAAUAAUUGGAAUCAAAUUAUGGCUGGUGCUCCCCCGUUUGUGUUCAACAACAAGUUAAAAAGACUUAAAGAAGCUCUAAAAUCCUGGAACAGACUUGUCUUUGGAGAUGUUCACUACAGACUGAAGCAAGCUGAUCUCAGGCUGGAUUCUGAAGCUGAUCUUCUUGAUUUCGACCCAGCAGACGAAGUCCAAUUCACUAGAGUGGAAGAUGCUCGGAAGGCUGCAGAUGAUGUGAGAGUGGAGAUAGCCAGUAUGCUGAGAAUGAAAUCAAGAAUCUCUUGGCUAGAAGAAGGGGAUCAAAAUACUCGUUUCUUCCACAAUUCCAUCAGAUUGAGAAGGGGCCAAAACACCAUUUCAGAGCUCAAGACCUCUACUAACUCUACUUUGAUUGUGCAGGAGGACAUUAGAGACUUCAUCAUCGAUCACUACCAGAAGAAAUUUAAUGGUGGAAGCGUCAACAUUGAUCCUACGAUGUUUGAUUAUCUGCAUAUCAGUAUUUCUUCCACGGAGAGUGCCUCUAUGGAUGCUGUGCCAUCCUUGGAAGACAUCAAGGAAGCGGUCUUCGAUUUAGGAGCAUACUCAGCUCCGGGGCAUGAUGGUUUCCCAGGUUCUUUAUAUAGACAUUGUUGGAACAUUAUCUCGGAAGACCUCUACAAAGCCAUAGUGAAUUGUUGGGAAAUGAGGAAGAUUCCAAAAGGCAUCAACUCGAGUUUUCUGGUGCUCAUCCAAAGAACAAGAAGUCUGAUGCAAUCAAGGAUUUCCGCCCUAUUGGACUGA